GGAGGCGGAGGCGGAGAGGCGAGGGGGCGCCGCGGGGGCCGCCGCCACGGCCGCCCGGGAGAUUUGUAAAGCUCCAGGGCCUUCAAGCCGACUAAUCUGGUGGUUCCUGAAGUUGUUGGAAAGCAGUCGCCUCGUGUGCCAGCUGAAGAGUGUGUGCUGUGUAUGCUUAAGACCUUCUGUUCAAACGCAUUUACUCGCGAAGACGGUCUCAUCCCUGUGCACUCUUGGGAGUUUUACAACUUAGAAAAAUUAAUUUAAGAAUCAGAUGAAGCAACUUGACACCACUGGGCUCAGGAGCCCUGGGAGAAAAAUACAUCACUAAUGGCCAGUUUUCCUUAUGGUCUUCACGGGUAAAGAAAGUUUGCGAAAAGAAGAAAGAAAGAGAAAAAAAACUGGUACAGAUUAAGCCUCAAAAAUACCUCUCCGGUUUAAAGACGUAACUCAGUGAGAAGGUGACUUGGGAGAAGUGUGACUGCAAACAUUGCGUGUGGGAUCAUGCAGUGUUUUCUGCACUUUAUUUUUCCAUAGGUUUGGUAAUUCAAACAUACUUUUAGGAUUCUGGACUGGUUUUGGCUGGAGGAGAGCAAGUUCAGGUGUGAUAGAUAGGACAAGUCUGAACAGUGAACUGAUCGCUUUGCUUUUUUUAGUUAACACUAUUUGAGGAAUUUUAAUUUAUUAUUUCCCUUUUCGUUUUUUGAAUCUGUAGGAUAAUAUCUUAAAAGAGCAAUUGAAACCUGUAAUUACAAAAUAAAUAUCCAGGCAAAUCCAAGCAAAGCUUCCUUCUCCUUAGACUGAAGUGUGGCAUUGGCAGCAGUCUCCGAGUGUGAAGGGGAAAGUGCCCAUCAGCAGAGCGUGGUGACUGGGGAGCUGUGCUGGGACUCUGACACUGGCCUGCGUGUGUGACUUAAGGAAUUGCCUUCCCCUGUGAGUCCAGAAAGGCUUGCAUAUAAGAGGAAGAUUACUUGAUGCACUUAAUUCUGAGAUUAGUUUUUUUCACCAAGAUGGAAAAGUACAUGAUCAUUAGGAGCAGCCAAGGGGAGUAGUCACUGGGGGAGCGCACGAGGAGUCUGGGGAAGAGGCAGAAUCUGCAGCAUAGCUCUGCCUGUCAGCAGGUGCACACAGGGCUCACACGGUGGACUUGGGGCCACUGACAACGUUUGAGUCUUCUACUUCGGCCAGCGAAGGGGCUUUCCCAGCCUCCAUGGCACCAAGGGGUGCACUGGGCAGCAGAGUUGUCCGAGGGAGCUCUGCGUCCUUGGGGUACAGGGCUGGGAAGUUUUUGGUUUUGAACAGUGAAGAAAGAAUGUUUUUUUCUUCCUAAAACUUGGACUGCUGUCUGCACAAAUUCUGGUCUGUUUUGCACGGUUUGUGUGCCUUUUUUUCCCUUUAUGCAAUCUUUUUCAGCUUUAGCAGCAGAAAUUUGUCAAGUUGAGAAAACAUGCCAGAGGAUGGCUGCGGAAGGAAGGUGAUCCUGUAUGUUCUUUCUCUGCGACUGAACUUUGGGAACGAAAAUUCCAGCUGGAGAGAUUCUUAAAGCCUUAAGUUACUUGAAAUCUAUGUAUUUGCAACCCUUUGUCUCUGGAAUCACAUUACACUAAACUGGAAUCUCAGGCUGAAUGAGAGUAACCGAGUGGAGUAAGAAGAAGAAAACUGUUCCUUGGUCACCACUUACUGAUGAUGCUCUUUCUCUAAAGGGCCAGCAUGUUCUUCCUCUAAGGACUUGAACCUGAAAAUGGACACAUGUUUUUUUAAGCAUUACCUUUUCUUAGCAGACUGCCAUCAUCUUUUAUAGAGGAAAUUUUUCACUAUGCAUUUGGUGGAUCUUUAUAAAUUCCUGACCUUCUAAUUAGAUCUCAGUCAGUCUUAAUUUAAAGGGGGAAAAAAGCAACGGAAGCCAACCACAGAAAUAAAAUAAAUAAGCCAAUGAAAGAAAUUGGUUUAAAUUUUCCGGCAUUAAACAUUAUUUUUUAAAUCAAAGAGUUCGUUGGAAAAAAGUAUGUAUGCAGCGGUGGAGCACGGGCCUGUGCUGUGCAGUGACUCCAACAUCCUCUGCCUGUCCUGGAAGGGGCGUGUCCCCAAGAGCGAGAAGGAGAAGCCGGUGUGCAGGAGGCGCUACUAUGAGGAAGGCUGGCUGGCCACGGGCAACGGGCGGGGCGUGGUCGGCGUGACUUUCACCUCCAGCCACUGCCGCAGGGACAGGAGUACGCCACAGAGGAUAAACUUCAACCUGCGGGGCCACAAUAGCGAGGUUGUGCUGGUGAGGUGGAAUGAGCCAUACCAGAAACUGGCCACGUGUGAUGCAGACGGAGGAAUAUUCGUGUGGAUUCAGUACGAAGGCAGGUGGUCUGUGGAGCUGGUCAACGACCGCGGCGCUCAGGUGAGUGACUUCACGUGGAGCCAUGAUGGCACUCAAGCACUUAUAUCGUAUCGCGAUGGGUUUGUCCUGGUCGGUUCUGUCAGUGGACAAAGACACUGGUCAUCUGAGAUCAACUUGGAAAGUCAGAUCACGUGUGGCAUUUGGACUCCCGACGACCAACAGGUGCUGUUUGGCACAGCCGAUGGGCAGGUGAUCGUCAUGGACUGCCACGGCAGGAUGCUGGCCCACGUCCUCCUGCACGAGUCAGAUGGCAUACUCAGCAUGUCCUGGAACUACCCCAUCUUCCUGGUGGAAGACAGCAGCGAGAGCGACACGGACUCAGACGACUACUCGCCGCCCCAAGACGGCCCCGCAGCGUACCCCAUCCCAGUGCAGAACAUCAAGCCUCUACUCACUGUCAGCUUCAGCUCGGGAGACAUCAGCCUGAUGAACAGCUACGACGACUUGUCUCCUACUGUCAUCCGCUCAGGGCUGAAAGAGGUGGUGGCCCAGUGGUGCACGCAGGGAGACUUGCUGGCAGUUGCUGGGAUGGAGCGGCAGACCCAGCUGGGUGAGCUCCCCAAUGGGCCCCUUCUGAAGAGUGCCAUGGUCAAGUUCUACAAUGUCCGCGGGGAGCACAUCUUCACGCUGGACACGCUUGUGCAGCGCCCCAUCAUUUCCAUCUGCUGGGGCCACCGAGACUCCCGGCUGCUGAUGGCUUCGGGCCCAGCCCUGUAUGUGGUUCGUGUGGAGCAUCGGGUGUCCAGCCUGCAGCUGCUGUGCCAGCAGGCCAUCGCCAGUGCCCUCCGAGAGGACAAGGACGCCAGCAAGCUGACCCUGCCCCCUCGCCUCUGCUCCUACCUCUCCACUGCCUUCAUCCCUACUAUCAAGCCCCCAAUUCCAGACCCCAACAACAUGCGAGACUUUGUCAGCUACCCCUCCGCUGGCAACGAGCGGCUGCACUGCACCAUGAAGCGCACAGAGGACGACCCGGAAGUGGGCGGCCCCUGCUACACGCUCUACCUGGAGUACCUGGGCGGGCUCGUGCCCAUCCUCAAGGGGCGCCGCGUCAGCAAGCUGCGGCCGGAGUUUGUCAUCAUGGACCCGCGGACAGACACGAAGUCAGAUGAAAUCUACGGGAACAGCCUGGUCUCCACUGUGAUCGACAGCUGCAACUGCUCAGACUCCAGUGACAUCGAACUGAGUGACGACUGGGCUGCCAAGAAGUCACCCAAGAUCUCCAGGGCCAGCAAGUCGCCCAAACUCCCGAGGAUCAGCAUUGAGGCCCGGAAGUCUCCCAAGCUGCCCCGGGCGGCUCAGGAGAUCUCACGGUCUCCGCGGCUGCCCAUGCGCAAGCCUUCCAUCGGCUCACCCAGCCUGACGCGGAGAGAGUUUCCUUUUGAAGACAUCACUCAGCACAACUACCUUGCUCAGGUCACGUCCAAUAUCUGGGGAACCAAAUUUAAGAUUGUGGGCUUGGCUGCUUUCCUGCCAACCAACCUCGGUGCAGUAAUCUAUAAAACCAGCCUGCUGCAUCUCCAGCCACGGCAGAUGACCAUUUAUCUCCCAGAAGUCCGGAAGAUUUCCAUGGACUAUAUUAAUUUACCUGUCUUCAACCCAAAUGUUUUCAGUGAAGAUGAAGAUGACUUGCCAGUGACGGGAGCUUCUGGUGUCCCCGAGAACAACCCACCUUGUACCGUGAACAUCCCUAUAGCACCGAUCCACAGUUCAGCUCAAGCUAUGUCCCCCACCCAGAGCAUAGGGCUGGUGCAGUCCCUACUGGCCAAUCAGAAUGUGCAGCUGGAUGUCCUGACCAAUCAGACAACGGCUGUGGGAGCAGCAGAGCAUGCAGGUGACAGUGUCAGCCAGUAUCCAGUCUCCAACCGGUACUCCAACCCUGGACAGGUGAUUUUUGGAGGUGUGGAAAUGGGCCGUAUCCUUCAGAACCCCCCUCAGUUGUCCCUGCCGCCACCACCGCCGGGGGCCAUGCAGUUGUCUAUGGUGGACCACGGAGGGCGAGACCAGGAGCACCUGCAGAAGCCAGCCAAGGCCCUGCGGCCAGUGCCUCCGCUGGCAGCUGAGGGGGAUGCAGUGGUCUUCAGUGCCCCCCAGGAGGUCCAGGUGGCAAAGAUGAACCCUCCACCCCCCUACCCAGGAACCAUCCCUGCUGCUCCAACCACGGCGGCACCCCCGCCGCCUCUGCCGCCACCACAGCCUCCGGUGGACAUGUGCUUGAAGAAGGGCGACUUCUCCCUGUACCCCACGUCCGCACACUACCAGACCCCACUGGGCUACGAGAGGAUCACCACCUUCGACAGCAGCGGCAACGUGGAGGAGGUGUGUCGGCCUCGCACACGGGUGCUCUGCUCCCAGAACACCUACACGCUCCCUGGCCCAGGCAGCUCAGCCACAUUGAGGCUCACGGCCACUGAGAAGAAGGUCCCCCAACCGUGCACCAGUGCCACCCUGAACCGCCUGACCAUCCCUCGCUACUCUAUCCCCACGGGGGACCCACCUCCAUAUCCUGAAAUUGCCAGCCAGCUGGCCCAGGGGCGGAGCGCUGCCCAGAGACUGGACAGCAGCCUCAUCCAUGCCACCCUGCGGAGGAACAACCGCGAGGCCACACUCAAGAUGGCCCAGUUGGCCGACAGCCCUCGAGCUCCCCUGCAGCCGCCACCGGCCAAGCCCAAGGGCGGCCCUGCUGGGACAGCAGCCCAGCUCCCCACACGGCCCCCGCCUGGCCUGUACACCUGCAGCCAGUGCAGUGGCGCGGGGCCCAGCUCUCAGCCAGGCGCCAUCCUGGCCCAUGCUGUGAGCGCCUCCCCACUGGCCUCCCAGUCCUCCUACAGUCUGCUGAGCCCGCCCGGCAGUGGCCGCGACCGCGACCGCACCGACUACGUGAACUCGGCUUUCACGGAGGACGAGGCCCUGCCCCAGCACUGUCAGCUCGAGAAGCCCUCGAGGCACCCCCCGCUGCCCGAAGCUGCGGUCGCCGCGAAACGGCCACCCCCCUACCAGUGGGGCCCUGUGCUGGGCGAGGACGUGUGGGUUCCUCAGGAAAGGACAGCACAGACUGCAGGGCCCAACCCCUUAAAACUGCCCCCUCCGAUGCUAGGUCAGGGCCAGCACCUGGACGUAGCCCGAGUGCCCUUCAUCUCCCCCAAGUCUCCCGCCAGCCCUACUGCCACUUUCCAGACAGGCUAUGGGAUGGGAGUGCCGUAUGCAGGAAGCUACAGCAGUCCCCCUCUGCCCGGAGUGCCGCCUCCCUGCUCCCCCAAAGACGUCCUGUCGCCUGCCCAGUUUGCACAGCCGGAGUCCGCUGCUGUUCCCGAGCCCGCACACCCGCCCGGCCUCUCCUACUGCACCUUGCCCCCCACGUACCCAGGAAGCAGCACGUGCUCUGGUUUACAGCUGCCAGCUAUCGCCUUGCACCCCUGGAGCUCCUACGGCACCUGCCCCCCCAUGCAGACCCCCCAGGGUGCUCUUCCCCCCAAGCCCCACCUCGUGGUGGAGAAGCCCCUCGUGUCCCCGCCGCCCACCGACCUCCAAAGCCACAUGGGCACCGAGGUGAUGGUAGAGACUGCAGACAACUUCCAAGAAGUUCUCUCCCUGACUGAAAGCCCGGUCCCCCAGCGGACAGAGAAGUUCGGGAAGAAGAACCGGAAGCGCCUGGACAGCCGAGCAGAGGAAGGAAGCGUUCAGGCCGUCACGGAGGGCAGAGUGAAGAAGGAGAGGGCUCUGAGCGACUUCAACUCUCUCCUCUCCAGCCCCCGCCUGGGCGGAGAGAAGAAGAAAGUCAAGAGUCAGAAGGACCAGCUGAAGUCCAAGAAGUUGAAUAAGACGAACGAGUUCCAGGACAGCUCGGAGAGCGAGCCCGAGCUCUUCAUCAGCGGGGACGAGCUCAUGAACCAGGGCCAGGGCGGCAAGAAGGGCUGGAAGAGCAAGCGGAGCCUGCGCACGGCCAGCGAGCUGGAGGAGUUCAAGUGCCGCAAGGCCAGCGAGAAGGAGGACGGGCGGCUGGGCAGCCAGGGCUUUGUCUACGUCAUGGCCAACAAGCAGCCUCUGUGGAACGAGGCCACCCAGGUCUACCAGCUGGACUUCGGAGGGCGGGUGACCCAGGAGUCGGCAAAGAACUUCCAGAUUGAGUUGGAGGGGCGGCAGGUGAUGCAGUUCGGCCGGAUUGAUGGCAACGCCUACAUCCUGGACUUCCAGUACCCCUUCUCGGCCGUGCAGGCCUUCGCUGUGGCCCUGGCCAACGUGACUCAGCGGCUCAAGUGAGGAGACUGGCGUGGGGCAGAGAGAGGCGCACGGGGGCCCUUGAAGAGGAGCCUACAGCGGCCAGGUGCUCAGGGGCACCGGAAGACCACGGCGCAACUGGAAACGCCUCUCCGCCCGAGAGGGCCUGCCCCGCGGUCGUCGUUUCUUUGGCUUUGAUUCUCCUUUAUUAUCUUCCUUUCUUUUUGUUCAGGAGAGUGGCGUGGGGAAGCCCAGGGUGCAAGGUACCCGGUGUUCUUGGAGGAGGCGUGCGUGGCUGGCGGCCUUCUGCCGGCUUCGUUCCCGCCAGCAGCCAGGACGGGCCCUGGGGUGUAGACGGACUGCCUUCUAGUCUGCUGUUCUGGCACGAGGAGUGUGCGUUCGUGCUCACGCUCCAUGAUGUCCUCAGCAUCACCACUAGUGUGCGAGCAAAAAUCUAAAAAAAACACAGCCCAAAAUCCUGAAGCUAGAGAGCCUUUAGGGGCGGGGCAUUUAAUUCACACCUACUAUGUUUCUCCCCAAAAGGUGACUUGAUAAGUGGAGGAGACCUGGCCAACUGCGGUGUAUUUCGCAAAUAAAAGUAGGCUCUUUCUGGGGUGCUCUAACCAAGCGUAAAUGUGCUCUUGAUUGUCAGUGAUGUUAGGGAGUGGCUGCCGGGGAGGAGGCACGUGCACCAGGCCCACAGUGCUCUGCGCACACACGCGGGAGCAAGGAGGCACACACAGGCCCACAGUGUUCUGUGUACUCAUGUGGGGGCGGGGAGCCCACACAGGCCCACAGUGCUCUGUGCACACACAUGGGUGUAGGGAGGCACACACAGGCCUGCAGUGCUCUGUGCGUGCGUGGUGGAGGGGAGCCACACACAGGCCCACAGUGCUCUGUGCACUCAUGUGGGGGCGGGGAGCCACACACAGGCCCACAGUGCUCUGUGCACACACGUGGGGGCGGGGAGCCCACACAGGCCCACAGUGCUCUGUGCACACACGUGGGGGCGGGGAGGCACACACAGGCCCACAGUGCUCUGUGCACACACGUGGGAGCGGGGAGGCACACACAGGCCCACAGUGCUCUCUGCACACACGUGGGAGCAGGGAGGCACACACAGGCCCACAGUGUUCUGUGCACUCAUGUGGGGGCGGGGAGCCCACACAGGCCCACAGUGCUCUGUGCACACACAUGGGUGUAGGGAGGCACACACAGGCCUGCAGUGCUCUGUGCGUGCGUGGUGGAGGGGAGCCACACACAGGCCCACAGUGCUCUGUGCCCACACGCAGCAGCAGGGAGACACACACAGGCCUGCAGUGCUCUGUGCGCACACAUAGGGGUAGGGAGGCACACACAGGCCUGCAAUGCUCUGUGCGUGCGUGGUGGAGGGGAGCCACACACAGGCCCACAGUGCUCUGUGUACACACGUUGGGGUGGGGAGCCACACACACAGGCCCACAGUGUUCUUGCACGCCUGGCGAGUCCACGGCAUGACUCUGUGUUUCGUCCUGGGGACAGUGCGUAGGGCCCGCAGGUCCGGCUGCCUUGGGAGAUGGUGAGCCACCGAAGGGAAGGGACUUCCAGCUUCUCAGGUAGCGUGGUGCUGAGUCGCUAGAAUCCCUCCUUGAGGAGCACGCUCUGCCCUCUCUUCCCCUCGUUCGUUCUCAUCUGGAGCAUGUUGCUGUCAACACGACCUGCCCGUCAGUCCCCACUCCCUGUGAAAGUGUGGACGAGGCUGGAUUUGAAACCACUCCUCCCCACCCCUUGGCCACGUUAACGUUCUGUUGUCUAGAAGUGCGUUCCGUUACAGUAACAGUGUGACCAAACAGAACUUGAAGCAUUGGCGGGAGUCUUGAAAGAUAGGGGUGUGGUCAGGCUUUUUGCAAGAGUUCUAUGAUCUUCUGUAAGCCAAAAAAGAAGAAAAGUUGUUCAUUACUGUACAGACUGCUUACCAAGGAGAUAAACCACUCAGAAGACGUUAAAACUGUAGUACUUAAGGAGUUGGUUGCUGACUCUUUGUCAGCUGCAAAAUAAUAAUAAUCCACCUGUCAUAGGUUCCCCUCCCCCCACGGACACUUGGGCAAGAUCCCGCACCCUGGUAAUGGGGCCCAGGUCCGUUUUUCAGCUGUUCAUACCUGUGAUGUUAGGCACGGGAGCACAAGAACUGGGUCCUGACUUUAGAUUCUGUGUGAAAACAGACCGACAGAAGAUGUGGAAGAAGCUACAGGAGAGCAUCUUCAAGUUAAAGAUUAAAGUUGUUGUUUUUUUUUUUUUAAUUUCCCAAUUUUGGUUUAAAAACUAGAACAGAAACUGGUCCAUUCCUUUCCCAGGGUGAGAUGACAUCACUGCCAUUCUUUCCAAACUCCAGAGAGACACUGGUGAGGUUUUUACAUACGGUGAUGGUGUCUGCCAAUGCUGAAUGUCCGGUUUCUCAUUUAAAGUACCCGGCCUGAUUGGGGUGGGUGAAUCUUCCCAGAAAAGUUCCUUAGUCUGUUCAGAACUACCCAGUUCUUUAUAUGGUUUCUGUAGCUCGCUAGGGCGUCUCAGUGCUUAAUUUAGUGGUGCAAUAAUUGUUACAGCCUGUUUCCAAGAUAAUUUAAACACCGUUCCCCUGUUGUUUUGUCCAAGAGAAUUAUUUAUCUUGCUUUUCAUAGUAUUCUUAGGAAUUAUUUUGUUACUAUGUAUUGGUGACUUUUACCCAUUUUAUUAUUUAUUUAGAAAACUAGUAUCUCUGUAACAACUGAUUUGGUAGAAGUAUAUUUUGCUGUGGAAAUAAAAGGCUAUGAUGGAAGGGGUUUUGUGGGCUGGACAAUUUGUAAGUUUUUCUCAGUGGGAAAAUAUUAAUCCUUUAAAAAUAAUUUCCUUUUGGUGUUUUUGUGAUAUUGAUUCCAUACAAAAGAGUAUUUAUUUGAGAUAGCAUACCCAAAAGUAAUAUUUUCUCUUCUUUUGGAAAUUUUAUUUUUAAUUAAAAAUAGAAGGUGAUAUUUUAGAAGGGGACGAGCUAUUAGAAUGAGAUUAGCGAAGGAAGGGACUGUCGCAAACCGUGCUUCUGCUGUGUGCGUUCUCACGGACACGUACAGACACAUUCUAGAGCUGUUCUUAGUAAAUGCAAAUAGAGGGAGAAAUCCUUGACAAGAAAGCUCUAAACACACAGGAGAAGCAAAGCGGAUGUUUGUAGCCAGUGACUGAGUAAACCUACGGAAUUCUUAGCUUGCUCCCCAAAAAGACACCUUCCCCUACGGCGAUGCAGGCUCUCUGUGUGGGAAGCGCCUGUCACUGUGCGUCUGCCUGGGCAUGGCAGCUGCCACCUGCACUGUGCCCUGGGCCUGAAGAGCCGCCAGUCAGAGUCUGUCAUUCAGAUCGCUUUCAUUCAGGCUGUCCCAUUGAUUAAAUACCACUAACGUGCUUCAGUCGCACAACUCUAGGUCCUUAGGUCUAGUAGUGGCAACUUAGGAAUCUCAAGAUACCUCAUGGAAUUUCUGAAUCUGAAAACACUAGUCCAGUCAAAAGCCAGUGCGUAACGAAUCCAUGGUGUUUUGAGGGAAGCAGUGUUUUCCAAGCGCAAAACCCCAUUUUAAAUUUGUGUUAGCUCUGACCUCAUCAGACGGAAGGCACAGGUCUGUGUACACUGUACCCACCGAGUAUAUCUUCCGACAAAAACUGGGGCCGAGGCAGGAGGGGACUCGGUGCUCUGAUGGCUCCGUCAACCAAGGCCCCCACAGGGGGUGGGGGGGCGUUUCUCAUCCUCGGCUGUGGCUCCCUGUCAGGUGACCUGCAGGGGCACCUUGGAAUCACAGCGCAGGCUCGGGGGAACCCAGGGCCGAGCCUGUUCCAAUGCUGCAGUCGGAGGGUGACCUGGGCAAGUCCCCUGCUGGCCAGGCCUUGAUCCUACUGUCUUUUAAGCUCCCUCCCAGCCUGAGAGCUCUUAGUUUGCCUUUUUGUAGGGAAACAUUUCUUUCCCUGUGUUAACUGGCCAUCUCCUGCAUAUACUCCAGUGCAUUUAAAAUAGUAUCUUUAGAAAGCUUGCCCCCAGAAUGCAUCUGCACUGGUGCUCGUUCUCCUGAAGUGACGCAGAAGCACCGAGUCUGGGCAGGAUGGAGCCUCUCCAGUGCAUGUGCCUGCUCCAGGCACCCGUGAGAACAGCCCCAAAGCCUUGCAGGUGGGUUCCCAGGGAAGAAGGGCAUGCCUGUGGGGGCUGGCGUGGGGAACUCACCCAGCCGCUGUGGAAGAGCCCUUCCUGUCCUUGUGUGGACACCUGUCAUCUGGCCGAGUCGAUGGUUGUGAACGGUUAGUUGAGACGACAUGUGUUCAAGUCAUGGCACACAACUCCAAACUCUUCUCCAUCUGUGUACUUCCUUCUCCGGCUGGUAAAACUGAAAGGCUGUGGCUUACUUUGUUUUCAUUUCUUUGGCUUUGUGCAAUUUUCCUGUAACUUUACUUGUACCUAUAUUUUCUGUUUACAAGUUCUUUUCAAGGGGAGGGGUAGGAUUCUUGUUGCUUAUUGUAGAUAAAAAUAUUUUUUCGUGUUGUAGAAAAGCAUGGAUUAUGCGAUUGAAAAAAAAAGGCACUGUGUUAUUUACCAAAGGGGUAUUGCUUUUGCAUUUGUUUAUAAAUGCAUUAUUUUGGUACUGUAAAUUUGGACAUAAUUCCUGAGUUUACUACUACUGGCUUUUUUUUUUUAACCGUAAGUGCGUGAUGCAGGUGCACAGGUUCCAGAGCAAACACGACCACCAGCAUGUUGUCCAGACCUCGGGGAUGGCGUGCACCGCUGUGCACCUCCAUUCCUGCAAUGUUGACUUAUUCGUUUUUUUUUGUUGGUUUGUUUGUUUGUUUUUUUAAUUCAGCAUCCUGCUUUGUUUUCCUUUCUAAGCAAGUUCUGUUGAGAUUCCCGGUUGCAUUUUAAUGAGCUCUCCCUUAUUUGCCUCUCUUAUGUAUUUUAUGUAUUAGACUGUCCAGGAGAUACUCUAGAAGGCGUUACUGGUUUGCAUUCAAAAUGAUGUGGUUUGUCCAAAUGACUUUGUCUUUAUUAUUGAGAUGGAUUAAUCUCCUUAUUUUUUUCUUAAUGAUUUGAAGUUGUAAGAGUUGUCCAGCUAUUGCUUAUUAAAAUUUUGCAGACCAAAAAAAGCAAUGACUUGUGUACAGAUUUCAGAGGUGGGUCUUAAAUCAUUUGAGAAGAACCACCAGUGGCCUCCCGAGUCCCUGGGCUACCUUCCAGCUGUGUCUCGAGGCGCUGAACUCCUUGUCACCGUGCCGCCUGUUCUGAGAGGUCCGUGGCCACCUUUAUGCUGUCUGACUGUGAG